CCAGGAAGUACUUCCUGCCUCACUGUUCCCGCGCUCCACAUCCCCCUCCCUAUCCUUUUCUUGCUCCCGGGUACCUGCCCCGCUGGCCUGCGCCUGCGCCCCUCCUGCCCCGGAGGUGGCCUGGAUGGGAUCCCCACGUGCGUUCGCUGGCUCGUGCCGGGACUCCAGGUCAGCCAGGUGGUGGGGAGGAAAGGGGCGCCUACCAUCUCCACGUGACCGAGCUCCGGCGCUCCCUCCUUCUAGUCCUUUUAAAAGUUAAACUCCGCGCCCGGCGCCGCCUCUGUCCAGGUGAUAACAGGUGAGCAGCAGAGGUCUCCUCAGCUAUGGCCACCCCCAUGCCUUUGGUUUGCAGCCAGACUGUGAGCAGGGUGAGCUCUGUGCUCAAUCGGGAUGUGAAGCAGUUUGGAAAGAAGCACCUGUUUGAUGAGCAGGAGGAGACUUGCUGGAACUCUGACCAGGGCUCCUCCCAGUGGGUGAUGCUGGAAUUCCCCCAAUCUGUUCGAGUGUCUCAGGUACAGAUCCAAUUCCAGGGUGGGUUUGCAAGCCGCCAGGGCCGAUUGGAAGGUGGCAGGAAGAGUGAGUCCCUAGAGAAGAUUGGGGAUUUUUACCCUCAAGACAACAACUCCCUCCAGACCUUCCCAGUGGCAGACGUCACACUGGACAAGCUGAAGGUAACUUUUGAAAACAGCACUGACUUUUUUGGCCGAAUCAUCAUCUACCACCUUCGAGUUCUUGGGGAGAAGCUGUGAACAGUUUCUUCAUCAGUCCAGUCUGUUUCCAAGAUCAGGCAGGACCUCCCAGGAGAGUCCACUGGAAGGACAGAGUAGAAGCUGGGCUUGGCUUUGGGCCUAUCAAACAAUCAUCUUUCCCAGGGGCCUCAUCUUUGGGAGUUUGGGUGGCCAGGAAGUAGGACAAGAGUUCUGGCUUGAGUGAGCCAGCUUGGUCACCACCCAUCUUUUCCCUCCAAGGACCUGGGAAGAGAAUCCCAGAAAGGUGCCUCAGAGGUUUAAUCCUCACUGGAAGCUAGGCUUAAUUAGAAAACAACUUCUACACUAGCAACAUUGUAAAGACAGCUUUGAAGGACUUCAGAAUUUUGAUCAAUAUACUAUCUGGGAUCCCAGAAAUUUGAAGGUAAAACAUGCUACUGGCCUGAUAGGUGAAAUGCAAGGGGCAAAAUGAGUUGUUUUUUUUUUCAGCCUGGACAUUGUGGGAAUGUGUUUUGCCUACUAUGCACAUUUAUUAUUUACAUUUAUUUUCCCUCUAAGGGGUUGGGGAGAAAAUAAAUGCUUGCUAAUUUAAAAAGAGAAAAAAACUAAAUCAGGAUCACUUAACCUUUGUUUAAAUAGCCCUACCUGUUCCAUCGUCAGAUGGCUCUGAUUGUUAUAAAGUUCUUCCAUAUAUAGUGGAAAUCUGCCCUCCUUCUAACUGCCACCCCCAAUUCUGUCUCCUGGAACAAAAGAAAGGAAGCCUAAUCCCUUCCCAGGAAGGCCCCAUAAGCUUUGAGAAUGGCAGCCAUUUCACCUCUUUUCUAGGUUAAAAUUGUGCAAUUUCUUUUCAGCCAGUUUUUCCCAAGAUAGGGUUUCAAAUUUCCUCACCUGGUUGCUUUAAGGAUGGGGAGGAACACGCUUAUGUUGGCCCUGGUUGUUGGAGUAGCAGCUGGUUUUAUUGAUUACCGUUCCCAUUUCAUGGGCUCAGGGGGAGGCAGGGAGGGACUACCUGUAGGGCUGCUACUAGGGUAGCAGAGGAGCUAGCUUGUCUGGGUGGAGUGGGGUGGGAGCCAUGCUUCCAGCCAGGGCAAGUCAUUAGCCAGUAGCACAGUCCCUCCCCCGGUCCUGGGAAGGAGAGAAGCUGCCUUGUUUCCAUUUGGGGUUUGCCCCUUGUAUCCCACUGGACAACAUGACCAUUGGGCACUUGAGUUCUUGGAUGUGGUCUCCUCCAAAGCUCUGUAGGUGGCUAGGGAAAGGUAUAUAGCCUUCAGCCAUAGGAAGAGGGAGACCUCCUCUUGGAAUUGUUCUCCCUGGCAUAGGUAUUAAAGAACUGGCUUUUUAGUGGACUGGCCUUCCUGAGCACCAGAUGGAAGGCAAAGGACCAAAGUACAAUGUCCUAGGCAGGAGUUGGUGCCUUUCACUCUGUCUCUGGAAGCAGCUUGUUCUGAAAAAGCUUAAGGAUAUGGUUCUCCAUCACCUGUUGGACUGAAGCCCAGAAAAAGGGAGUGAGAGAUAACUCAGAACCUGGAGCCCCCUCUGCCAGCCCUACCAACACAAAGAGAUGAUUCUGGGGAACACCAGGGGCCAGGGGCUUGGAACUGACUUAAUCCCAACUCUGACACAAGUCAGCAAGACCCUACUACUCUUGAGGCCAAGUUUCCUUAUUUAUAAAAUGAGGAUGAUAAAGAAGCCUCACAGCUUGGUACUGAUCUCCCCAGAAGCAGGAACACAGCUCCCCAUGAACACAUGUUUUUCUGGGUGUUAGAGCUUGAUCUCUGAUCUCUUGGUGAAGUUGAUACAGAUAGGGAGACGAGGUCAGUCACUUCGAGGAGGGGCUGGGCCUAAAUGGAACCUCAGUACUGGCUAGAGCCCCUGAGGGGGGGGGUACCCCUGACAAGAACUUUUAGAUUUUAAGGCUGGGAAAGUGCUCUCUUUAAGGCAACCCUAUGGGGUUGGGUUAGUUGCAUGUAAUAGGAUACCCAUUUUACACAACUGAGGAAAAGGGUGAGGCUAGGAAUUGGGGUUAGAUUCAAAACUGGAGGGACGGCUUGAUUUGGGGCCACAGAACUGGUGUUAGAGGUGGGGCCGGAACCCAUUUCUCUUGAUUCUGAAACCACUGUCCUCUCCCCUACAGCAUCUUAUCAACAAGACUCCUGAGAAGCAGGGUCUUGGGGCUUCAGUGCUGGGCUUGGAGUCACAGAUUUAAAGUUAGCUUUCAUUUUAUAGAUAAGAAAACCGGCAGAGAGCCAGAGACUUGAGUAGGGUCACAUAGCUAGUUCUUGUCUGAGGCAGAAUUCAAACCCAAGUCAUUCUGCCUAAACCAUUACACUAUACAUUGCCUGUUACCAGCUCUGUGAUUGGAAACUAAGUCUCUGUGAGUCUGUUUCCUCAACAUGAAAUGGGGAUGAUACUAGCAAUACCUGCCUCCCAGGCUGGUUGGAAGACCUAAAGUUACUACUGUUCCCCCCAGGCCCUAAGGGACAGUGUAGUAGGCCAGAUCAAAGAGUAUUCCCCACCACAAACUAUUUUGUAUAUAUUUUGUAUUUAUUUGUAUAUGUAUUGUCUUCACCCAGUAGAACGUGAGCUCCUUGAGGAUAGGGACUUUUGUCUUUGUCCUUGUAUCCCCAGCUCCCAAACACAAGGCUUGGCACAUAGUAGGUGCUGAAUAAAUAAAUGCUUGCUGAAUUGAACUGGAUUUGUUGGGGAGGGGUGAAUUCCAAAUAUCACUGACUGCCUUUUUUUUUUAAGCCCUUAUCUUCUGUCUUAGAAUUAAUACUUUGUAUUAGUUCCAAGACAGAAGAGUGGUAAGGGCUAGGCAGUGGGGCUUAAAGGGUCUUGCCCUGGGUCACCCAGCUAGGAAGUGUCUGAGGCCAGAUGUGAACCCAGGACCUCUGAUCUCUAGGCCUCAAUUUCAAUCCACUGAGCCACCCAGCUGCCCCCCACUGACUGCCUUUGGGGGGGGAGGAGGCAAGGAGAAUGGCUGCCCCUUUACACACUGAAACGUACAUACCCUUCUUGUGUCCCAAGGCCACAGCCAGGUCCAUUGGGGUGUAGCCUGAAUCCGCUUCUGUUGUUAGGUCAGCUCCUCUGGCUGAAAACCAAAGCAGAAAAGGGGGAGUGAGUAGAGGAAAGGCUCAGCUCCCAUUGGAGGUUGGGAGGCAAGCAUACCCUCCUCCCAACUUGACUUCCCAGCCUCAUUAGAAGGCAGGGACCACCUCACUUUCAUCAUUCUAUUCCUGGUGCACAGCUCAGUGUCUUGACACAUUACAGGUACUUAAUAAAUGCUUUUGUGGAUCAACAUGGGCCUGCUCUGGGAUUCUGAAAUCAACCUGAUUCCUCCGUAGAGAUGAGCCUCAAAAUGAGUGGAGUUACUUAGAUCUCAACAAAGUGAGAAAUUCAGCUAAGUGAUUUUGACUAGUCAAACUCGGAAGGGCGGUGGGGGGAAAGAACGUGUGAAUUUGUACACAAAGAUCCCUGCAGGUUGCAUAUUAACUUAGUGUUAAAAUGUAAUGUCUAUGUUUUAUUGAAUAGUAUUCCACAUUAUAGGAGGAGGUGUGCAGUGUACCCACAAGGUGGAAAUCCACAAAAAAUUUUAUUGGCUUUUGUUUUCUUUUUGCAAACUUUCACUUUUUAAAAAAUUGUGCAUAUCUGUGGUAUGAAAAGAUAAAAUAUAUUGCUAUUAUACAUAUAUUUUAUGCA